GCCAGAGAUUAUCAUCCCAGUCUAGAUAUACUAACUUGGUUAGACGAGACUGAAGUAUCACCAAGACCAAGUAUCACAGAGAUCAGUAUCGCAUAAAUCAUAAAUCAUGGCAUUGCCUCCUGAGCAAAUGCCCCUUCUUCAAUCUGACUCGAAUGGUUACCAAAACGAUAUCAUUAUGGCUACUACAGAUGAGAACCCCGAGAUCACGAUGCCUAACGAGGCUGGUGAUGUCGCCGGCAACAUUGACCAAGAUGAGGCUCGUCGUAUCUUGCGCCGAAUUGAUUGGCGUAUAAUGCCACUACUAUUCGUAGCCUACAUGCUCAAUUUCAUGGACAAGACCAUCUUGUCCAGCGCGUCAGUUUUUGGCUUACGAGAAGAUACUCACUUAAAGGGCACUCAAUACUCCUGGGUCUCGAGCGUCUUUUACUUUGGCUACUUUAUCUGGGCCUAUCCCACCACCUUAUUGAUUGCUCGCUUACCCGUGGCCAAAUAUCUUGCCGGCAACACCUUUAUCUGGGGUGCCGUGGUCGCCUUUACUGCCGCGUGCGCUAACUACGGCGGUCUCAUUACCGUGAGAUUCUUUCUUGGUGUCGCCGAGGCCACCGUCUCGCCGGCUUUGAUGUUCAUUACAUGCACUUGGUAUACUCGAGAUGAGAUCCCCAUUAGAACAGGUAUCUGGUUCGCGGGGAACUCAGUUGGUGGCAUCAUCUCGUCACUUCUUGCGUAUGGGAUCGGCCACAUUACCCAUAGCAUCAGCCCAUGGCGUUGGAUGUUCAUCAUCCUCGGAGUAGCGACUUUCUUGUUAGGGUUCGGGUUAUUAUUCCUACUACCUGAUUCCAUUUCCAGCGCCAAGUUUUUGACACCCCGAGAACGGCAGUGGGCUGGCGAUCGGGUUGUCAUCGCCGGCACAGGUCGCACGGAGAAUGCCGGUUGGAAAUGGGAGCAGAUGGUUGAAUGCCUACAAGAUCCCAAGACGUGGCUGAUCUGGUCUCUUGCGCUGCUCUGCCAGAUACCCAAUGGCGGUACCCAGAAUUUUGCCAAUCUAGUCAUUACGUCGUUUGGAUUCACGUCUCUGCAGUCGACGCUUAUUAACAUCCCGUAUUCCUGCAUCUCUAUAGCUGCUAUCUCUGGGACUGGGUGGUUGGCCGGACAUUUCCGAUCACUGAAUUGUAUUCUCAUCGGUCUUAUCGUGGUGCCGCCAGUAGUUGGGUCCGCAUUGAUCGGAAGCCGGAGCUCGAUCCCCCACGGUGUUUCUUUAUUCGGCUAUUUUCUUCUAUCCACCGGACCGGCCGCUCUUCCCUUGCUUCUAUCGCUUGUGCAGUCCAACUACCGUGGUGUUACGAAGAAGAUGACGAUGACGGGCAUGCUUUUUAUUGCGUAUUGCACCGGAAAUAUCGUUGGCCCUCAGCUCUUCAUAUCAGCCGAAGAGCCCACUUACGCCACUGCCUUCCGCGCCAUCAUGAUAUGUUAUGCCUUGGUGGUUUGCCUUGUCGCGAUCCUGAGGGUUUAUUUACAGUUGGUCAAUAGACGGAGGCAGUUAGAAGAAGGGAUGGAGGGCAAUGCUGGGACCUCUGGCACCGUCGGCGGGGGUAAGGUGGUAGACAUUACUAAUGACCUUAAUGUGAAUGUGGUGGUCAAUGAGGUUCGACUCAGGCCUGAGGAUUAUGAAGAUGUGACGGACUGGAAAACUCUGGGUUUCCGCUACAGGCUGUAGAGACUUCCUCCAUCUUUGGUGUACCACCAACGUGGCAGUCUCGCUCGACACAAUGUUGUCAGGAUUCACUCUACCCACACAGCAUUACAGCAUAACAGUAUUAAUCAACAUAUAAUCCGGGCAGAGAAGGAAAGUGCGCUGAUACUUUCAGG